AUGUGCGAGCACAACCUGCUGAAUUCAGGCUAUGUCGGCUCCCUGUUGAACUUCCCCAGCCCGGAGCCCUUCUACUUCCCCAAUCUGCGUCCGAAUGGGGCCCAGCUGUCCGCCCUGUCUCCGGCUCUCUCUUAUUCUCGCCGGGAGGUGUGUGCGCUCCCGUGGACCUCCCCGAGUCCGUGCGCCUCGCCGCCGCAGAGCCGCGCCUUCGGCGGCUACUCUCAGUCCUAUCUCAGCAACCCGGUCAGCAUCAGCAGGCACGGACCAGAAAAGGCCGUAGCCGGGGAGGAGACGGGCAAAUACUAUUUCCAGGACAGCAGCCGAAAACUGGAGGAGCGCUGCAGGCAGAACCAGGCUUACCCAAGCCAAGCGGGCAUCCCUUAUUCGCUCAGCGCUGCCAAGUACGAAUAUUCAAACGUGGAAACAUCCCCGCACGGCUCCUCGUUACAUAGCCAAGGCUUUGAAUUGAAUUCCAACACUUCCACUGUAAAUGAAGGCAUCAAGCAGUGUGUGAGCCUCAAUAUGUCAUUACAGUCAUCAAUACCUCCAGCAUGCAACCGAUCCUCCGAUGGGAUGUCGUGGUGCCCAACACAAGUGAGGUCCAGGAAGAAACGCAAACCGUACACAAAGCCACAAAUAGCUGAACUUGAGAAUGAAUUCCUUGCCAACGAGUUUAUCAAUCGACAGAAAAGGAAAGAUUUGUCCGACAGACUGAAUCUGAGUGACCAGCAAGUCAAAAUCUGGUUUCAGAACCGACGCAUGAAAAAGAAAAGGCUUGUGAUGCGUGAGCACACGCUCUCGCUAUUUUAGGGGAAAGUUGAAGUUCAAAUGUGAGUUCCAAGUUCGCGAGUCGGCCUUUUUAAUGGUAAUUAAGCUUGCUUGUAGAAAGCGUGUAGAUCAAGAAUAUCCAUCGUUUUAAUGGAUAGGUGCUCCUUUGAUGUGCUGUCAUAUAAAACAGCAAUGUAACAUUACAUUGCCACUGUCACUAGUCAUGGGCGUGUUGGGGUUUUUAAACAUCAGCAACAUACAGACUGAGAUGCAAACCAUGGAUACCUCGUGAACCAUCGACUGUUGCAGGAUAAUGUUCAGAAAGCGCAAGUUUUGAUUUCUCGUGGCCUGUACGUUUGAUGUCCAGGGAUAAUAUGCGUCAUCUCAUUUUUUUUUUCAGUUUUCAAGAGAUUAUAAUUGUUUUGUUUCGUCAAUUUGUUUAAAUUGUCACACGAUUGUCUGUCGACUCGAGUAACAAGCAGAUAUUGAGAAUGUAAGUACCACAGUAAUUAGAAAGAAGCUUUCGUAUUUUAACCUUAAAUAUACAGUAUAUAUUAUGCAUGCACCCUACCUAUGUAAAUUGAGUUUGAAUAAAAAGUAACCGUAAAGCAUUUUCACUGGUAUGUAUGUACAAAACAUUUUCUUGCUAUAAUAGUGCUGUGAAGUAAGGACUCGAAAGGAAAUUAAUUCAAAGGUGUCUGACGGCACAGUGAGCACCCAUCCUCAUCCACAAGAGGUUAUGUUAUUUGAUUUUUAGUAAACGAUGGAUUAUGAAGUUGACAUGUGAUAAUGGGAUGUGUGGGAUUCAGUCGAGCCAAUGAUGAGUAUUAUGCGUUGUGCAGCCAGCUGUCUUCAAUGUAUUUGUUUUUUUUUCCUCAAACCUGCGAAAGGCCUCAGUUUCAUAUUGCACAAGUGUUGUUACCGACAUUAUACGUGAAUGCGAUGGAGACAAUGAAAUAAAUCAAUGGCAAUAAUGCCAUUUAAAAUAAUUCAUAAAUAAAACA